AAGGUCAAGGGUUACUCUAUAAAUACUCUAUGACAACCUAAUUAUUUACUCAGUUCGUAUCUAACAAAGCCAGAAUACAUCUCCAAAUUGCUCCUGACUCAUAGAAAAUUGUCUCACCAGCAAUUGUUACGAUGCGUUGGUUCCAUGUCGGCUUGUUAGCUGUUGGCGCAUUCAUGUGGACAAUGGUAAACUCUUUUACCAUAGACUUAUCUACGGAUUGUGUCCUUUCUGGUUGUGAAUCCUCAUCUCUUCGCUGUGGAGUAGACCGGAACAUUCCAUCAUGUAAUCUUACCAGUGCGGGAUGCUAUUGUCCCAACGAAUUUCAAUGCACGACUAACCUGGACUGCUAUCAAUACAAUGGAUCGAAACUGAUCCGCCGGGGGACCGAGUGCGGCAGAUUAAACCUCUUAAUCCGAUCUUGCUGUUGGAAAAGGUGCGAAGGAGACGCUUUUGGUUACUGUCGGUGCAAGUCGUCCGGUUUGCUCGGAUGCGUUGGUGGGACUUAUGGCGUGGAAGUCGUCGACGAUACCUGCUAAACAAUAACUUAAAAUGAACCUUGCAAAAUUUAAUUGAGGGAAGAAUGCACUGUUGUAUUUACGUAUUUUCAAAUUAAAUAAAGAUGUAACUCACCCGUGUAUGUAUACACUUUAGAUGCA